AUGACGGCCACUGCUGCAGUGGAAACACCAAAAAUGAAGAAGAGUGCCUCCAAAGAAGAGAAGCAGCCACCUAACCAAGACAGCACAGAACAGGGCAAUGCUGAUUCUGAAGAGUGGAUGAGCUCUGAAAGCGACCCUGAACAGAUGAGCCUUAAGAACAGCAAUAGCAGUGACAAUAGCUGUCAACCUGGAGUUGUUCAGUUGAAGAAAAAGGAGAUUCCCUCCAAGCCACACCGCCAGCUCUGUAGAUCACCCUGCCUAGAUUGCCCAAGCUUCUCCCAGAGCAGCAUUCUACAGGAUGGGAAGAUUGACUUGGAAAAAGAAUACCAAGCCAAGGUGGAUUUUGCUCUAAAGCUGGGCUAUGCGGAGGAACAGAUUCAAUCAGUGCUGAACAAGCUGGGCCCAGAAUCACUUAUUAAUGAUGUAUUGGCAGAGCUUGUCAGACUUGGGAACAAAGGUGAUUCGGAAGGACAAGUCAACUUGAGUCUGUUAGUGCCUCGGGGGCCCAACUCCAGAGAGAUUGCAAGCCCUGAACUGUCUCUUGAAAUUGACAUAGACAGCAGUGACAAUUUGAGGCCAAUUGUCAUUGAUGGAAGUAAUGUGGCAAUGAGCCAUGGGAAUAAAGAAGAGUUCUCUUGCAGAGGAAUACAACUAGCUGUGGAUUGGUUUCUAGAUAAAGGCCAUAAAGAUAUUACUGUAUUUGUGCCUGCAUGGAGAAAGGAGCAAUCCCGACCUGAUGCACCAAUUUCAGAUCAAGAUAUCCUACGAAAACUGGAGAAGGAGAAGAUUCUUGUCUUCACACCAUCCCGAAGGGUCCAAGGCAGGAGAGUUGUCUGCUACGAUGACCGGUUCAUAGUCAAACUGGCUUUUGAUUCCGAUGGCAUCAUUGUAUCCAAUGAUAACUAUCGAGACCUUCAAGUUGAAAAGCCAGAAUGGAAGAAGUUUAUAGAAGAGCGAUUGCUGAUGUAUUCUUUUGUGAAUGACAAAUUUAUGCCUCCAGAUGAUCCUUUAGGGCGCCAUGGCCCAAGCCUUGAAAAUUUCUUAAGAAAGAGACCUGUUGUUCCUGAACACAAGAAGCAACCAUGCCCUUAUGGCAAAAAAUGCACCUACGGCCACAAGUGCAAAUACUACCAUCCGGAGCGGGCCAACCAACCCCAGCGUUCGGUGGCUGAUGAGCUCCGCAUCAGUGCCAAACUAUCCACAGUGAAAACUAUGAGCGAAGGCACCCUGGCCAAAUGUGGUACAGGGUUGUCUAGUGCCAAAAGUGAGAUAACCUCAGAAGUCAAGCGUGUGGCCCCUAAGCGCCAAUCAGAUCCCAGCAUCCGAUCGGUGGCUGUGGAACCUGAGGAAUGGCUGUCCAUUUCCCGUAAGCCUGAGGCCAGUUCUGUACCCUCACUUGUGACCGCCCUAAGUGUCCCCACAAUCCCACCUCCCAAAAGCCAUGCAGUGGGUGCACUCAACACCCGUUCGGCCAGUAGCCCAGUGCCAGGAUCCUCUCAUUUCCCCCACCAGAAGUCUUCACUGGAGCAUAUGGCCAGCAUGCAGUACCCCCCAAUCCUGGUUACCAACAGCCAUGGGACCCCUAUUAGUUAUGCCGAGCAAUACCCAAAGUAUGAGUCCUUGGGGGACCAUGGCUACUAUUCAAUGUUAGGUGACUUCUCCAAAAUGAACAUCAACAGCAUGCAUAAUCGAGAGUACUACAUGGCUGAAGCAGACUCGGGGAUGUAUGCCAGGAAUCCCAACCUCUGUCCAGACAGCCGUAUGAGCCAUACCAGGAAUGACAACUAUUCCUCUUACAACAACCUGUACUUGGCUGAUGCCCAUCCUGAGGGCAGUUUGAAGCUGCAUCGCUCAGCAUCUCAAAACCGUCUUCAGCCUUUUUCUCAUGGUUACCAUGAAGCCUUAAUGCGAGUGCAGAGCUAUGGCCCAGAGGAUUCUAAGCAAGCCCCCCACAAGCAGUCGGUCCCCCACUUGGUUCUGCAUGCCCAGCACCCAGCAACUGGAGCACGAUCUAGCUGUCCUGGAGACUACUCCAUGCCUCACAAUAUCCAUCCUGGGGCAACCUCCCAGCCAGGACGUGCCCUGGUGAUGACUCGGAUGGACAGCAUUUCUGACUCACGCCUCUAUGAGAGCAACCCCAUGAGGCAAAGACGACCUCCUCUGUGCCGGGAACAACAUGCUAGCUGGGACCCACUACCUUGUACAACUGACUCUUAUGGCUACCAUUCCUAUCCCUUGAGUAACAACCUCAUGCAGCCAUGCUAUGAACCAGUGAUGGUACGGAGCGUGCCUGAAAAGAUGGAGCAGCUUUGGAGGAAUCCUUGGGUUGGAAUGUGCAAUGAUUCCAGGGAGCAUAUGAUCCCAGAGCACCAGUAUCAGACCUACAAGAACCUCUGCAAUAUUUUCCCUUCCAACGUCGUUCUUGCAGUGAUGGAGAAGAAUCCUCACACAGCAGAUGCCCAGCAGCUGGCAGCCUUGAUUGUUUCUAAGCUUAGGGCUGCACGUUGA